ACAGCAUUAACCUUGAACCUGCUUCAGCUUAAUAGUUGCAAACUGACAUCAUUUCCCUUACAACAGUCAGUCUGUACCAGACCAGCACCACUGACCACCAUCACAGGAACACCUCCCAGUUUCUUAGUCAACAGCUUCAUUACCCCAUCCACCCACCCAGUUAGAAGCCAGAUGGCACUUCUGGCCAAUCAAAUUGUGGAUGCAAGGAUACUCAGCAGUAUGAACGGGAGAGUGGAGCUUUCUCAGUUCUUGAGAAUCACCAAUCAGAGUAUUGUCUCACAGGUAAAUUCUGCUCAAGAUGACAGCCGCAAGAACAGGAAGUAUCCAUGCCCGUUGUGUGGGAAACGCUUCCGCUUCAACAGUAUACUCUCCCUUCACAUGCGCACUCACACUGGGGAAAAGCCGUUCAAGUGUCCAUACUGCGACCACAGGGCUGCACAGAAGGGCAACCUGAAAAUACACCUCCGUACACACAAGCAAGGAAUUCUGGGCAAAGGCCGUGGGAGAAUAAGAGAGGAGAACAGGCUGCUCCAUGAGCUUGAGGAGAGGGCCAUACUCAGAGAUAGGCAGAUGAGAGCUACUAAUGUCAGUCACCAGCAACUGCCAACAUCCAACACAAGUCACCUUCAAAAGGUCUUUCUGCAGACCAUCCCAACAGAAUCUCCGUUCCUAGACCCCUCUGGAACAACUGAUCUUCAACCACAUCCAUCCACUUCUCCAAAGGUGACAACCAUCCCAGAUGAGGUCACCCAGCCCCAAAAUGCUGGGUUUCGCUGCUCCUUCUGUAAAGGAAAAUUCAGAAAGCAGCAAGAACUUGAGCGCCACAUUAGGAUCCUUCACAAACCCUACAAAUGCACUCUGUGUGAGUUUGCAGCUGCACAAGAGGAGGAACUCAUUGGGCACGUGGAAAUGACACACAUAACUGCUGAUUCAGGUCCAGGACAGAAGCUGUCAAUGGGAACCAAUGAUAAGGGGAAGCCCACUGGCGAAUUCCCUUGUGAGGUGUGUGGCCAGACUUUCAGCCAGGCUUGGUUUCUGAAAGGCCAUAUGAGAAAACACAAGGACUCUUUCGAGCAUUGCUGUCAGAUUUGUGGUCGUCGUUUCAAGGAGCCCUGGUUUCUCAAGAACCAUAUGAAAGUUCACCUCAACAAACUGGCCACUAAGAGUAAUAUCCUUCCCGAUCACGACUCCUCGGUUGCUAUGAGUAAUCUGACACAGGAGCAUCAGAGCAACCUCUACUCACAGUACAUGUCCAGAAUCCACAACAGGUUCCAGUCGCCUGAGCGAGCAGAUAUAACUGAUUAUAACCACAUGAUGGCCAAGGCAGGCACUGACAUGAAGGUUAGAGAGGUAUUGGGGAGGAUGAUUUCCUCUGGUCCAGUUCCUCUGACAGAUGCAGAGAGUUCUUUAAUGGCACUGAACCAUCUCCAUCCCACACUAAGCUCUACUAGCAUGGAGUAUCUGCAGAAAGUUAUCUCAAAUCAGGAUGCUCUCAACAACAGUGGCAGCUACGCAGGUUGGCAGAUUAUGCCACCUGGGCUGCCUAUUGAUCAGCAAAUGUUCAGGCCAAAGGAUCAGCAGCAACCAUGUUCUGCCUAUUUGCCUGAGAGGGGUGUUUCUGUUGAUGACAGGAAGCUGUGUCUUGGUGACCCAGACACCAAGGCCAGCAGCAGACCUGGAAGCCCAGGCAAAGCGAGUCACCAUGGGCCAAUGGAGUUGAUCACAGAGGCAGGAAAUUCCAUCAACCAUCAACAAGAAACUUCAUCUACACCUACAGGUGAAAACGUCUACAGGUGCCCGAUCUCCAGUGAGUACACAACUGCACAGACAGCCUCUUUCAGCUUCCAUCUGGAUCGCUAUCACUUCCCCCACUGGCAGAACAUUCCUUCCUCUCCUUUGAAGCCCAGUAGUAGUAGCAGCAGCUCCAGCCCCAACACCAAGCACCGACCAAGAUCCAGAGAAGAUUGGAGUCCAACUGCAGGGCAGUACCUUGGUCUGGAGAGUCACACCGAGGACGUAAUCCUUGCCAACAAACAGUCCAGCCCUGAUGAUAAAGAUCUAGAAGCCCCUGUGUCUGAUAAAACCAGAAAGUCCCAGUAUGAGCCCUUGGAUUUGUCUGUCAGGCCAGAGUCUGUCCCAUCUCAGCCAGCUAUGUCUUCUGCCACACUGGUACAGAUGCCUGGCCUUUUUAGUAAUGGGCUCUCGUACACUAUUAGCCGCCGGCUACAAAGUUACCCAAAUGCUGCAGCUGAACUCAGUAUGAAACCAGCAUAUCAGUGUGACCUUUUGGUGCAGGAAACAAAAGAAGACAUGAACUCACAUUCUGCAAGCUCCAUAGGUCAUGAUGUUGAGGUUGCAUUUGAGACAUUUGAGAGGGAAGAUAAAAAUGAAGAUUCUGCAAAGUGGAAAAUGUUGAAAAAUGAUGCUAUUGAGUCGAAGGAGCUCGAACAGGCCAGUGUUGAUUUUGAGGGUCCUGGUGGUAAUCAUCAAACAAAGCUUGGUCAGUGGGGAAGAGCUGGGGCUCAAACUUCUAUCUCCUCUUUUGAGAGCUUGACUCAAGGACGGGCAGACUCACUCCUUCAUCAGGGUGACCUGCUCUCCUUCUUCAGAUCCCAGGGGAACCUGACCAGUCCACCUGUGAGUGCCCACAAAGCCAAUGUGAAUGGUGGAGAAAACGUGGAGAAAGAAGCUGCAGUUCGGAAGCCAUUCCAGUGCAGGUACUGCCCCUAUAGUGCCUCCCAGAAAGGAAACCUGAAGACCCAUGUCCUCUGUGUUCACCGCAAGCCCUUUGACAACAGCCUCUACCCAGACCGCCGCCUACGACGCUCGCACACACCCCAGACCUCCUCCAGAUUCUCUCUUGGUGCAACAGGAGACAGUUCUGCUUCGGGCAGGGACCAGAUCAGUGUGACGUCGCUGUGUGGGACUUGAUGCUGCCAUAGUAACUGAAGAUACAGACAGAUAUAAUAACUGUUUUAGCCUCACCUGAAAGGGUUAAGAUGAUUAAAGUUGUUAUAAAAAAAUGUUAACGACCAACCUUGAUGUACAUUCCAGUGUUUACUUGAAGAGCCACAGUACGUAUUUAUCUGUAGCAAAAGAAGCUGCCUAUAAUAAUAAAGUUCAUUGUGAUG